CGCCCGCCCUGCGCGCUGACGUCACACGCCGCCCGCGGGCGGAAGCGCGGGCGGGCUGUAGCGACGGCGCUGUCCCCUCAGAGGGGCGCUGGCGCGCGGGCUGAGGCGCCGCGGCCGGAACGGGACGCACUCGCGGCGCGGCUGGGCGGCUGGCGAUGAGCGACGCCCCGGCCCCGGGCCCCGAGGCCGGCGCUGCCCGGGCCGAGCCGGCCGGAGCGGCGCUGAGCGUGGACGUGGCGGGGCUGUUGGCGCAGCUGGCGCGCAGCUUCGCGCUGCUGCUGCCGGUGUACGCGCUCGGCUACCUGGGCCUGAGCUUCAGCUGGGUGCUGCUGGCCCUCGCGCUGCUCGUGUGGUGCCGGCGCAGCCGCGGCCUGAAGGCGACCCGCCUGUGCCGCGCGCUGGCGCUGCUGGAGGACGAGGAGCGCGCCGUGCGCCUUGGCGUGCGCGCCUGCGACCUGCCGGCCUGGGUCCAUUUUCCAGACACUGAAAGAGCGGAAUGGCUAAAUAAGACUGUAAAACAUAUGUGGCCUUUCAUUUGCCAAUUCAUAGAGAAGUUGUUUCGAGAAACCAUCGAACCAGCUGUGCGGGGAGCAAACGCCCACCUCAGCACCUUUAGUUUUACAAAAGUCGACAUGGGUCAGCAGCCCCUCAGGAUCAAUGGUGUUAAGGUGUAUACUGAAAAUGUGGACAAAAGGCAGAUUAUUUUGGACCUUCAGAUUAGUUUUGUAGGAAAUUGUGAGAUUGAUUUGGAGAUCAAGCGAUAUUUUUGUAGAGCCGGUGUGCAAAGCAUACAGAUCCAUGGGACAAUGCGGGUGAUCCUGGAGCCGCUGAUUGGAGACAUGCCCUUGGUGGGGGCCCUGUCCCUCUUCUUCCUCAGGAAACCACUUUUAGAAAUUAACUGGACAGGACUGACUAAUCUUCUCGAUAUCCCUGGAUUGAAUGGCUUAUCAGAUACUAUCAUUCUGGACAUAAUUUCAAACUACCUGGUGCUUCCCAAUCGAAUCACUGUUCCUCUUGUCAGCGAAGUCCAAAUCGCCCAGUUGCGGUUCCCGAUACCAAAGGGCGUUCUGCGGAUACACUUCAUUGAAGCUCAGGAUCUGCAGGGCAAGGACACGUAUCUGAGGGGACUUGUCAAGGGAAAGUCAGACCCCUAUGGAGUUAUUCGAGUUGGCAACCAGAUCUUCCAAAGCAAGGUCAUCAAAGAGAACCUUAGUCCAAAGUGGAACGAGGUGUACGAGGCUUUGGUCUACGAGCAUCCUGGGCAGGAACUGGAGAUCGAGCUCUUUGAUGAAGACCCAGAUAAGGACGACUUUCUCGGCAGUCUUAUGAUUGAUCUGACUGAAGUUGAGAAGGAGCGCCUGUUAGAUGAAUGGUUCACCCUGGAUGAGGUCUGCAAGGGGAAGCUGCACUUGAAGCUGGAAUGGCUCACGCUCAUGCCAGACACCUCCGUCCUGGACAAGGUGCUUACAGACAUCAGAGCCGACAAAAGCCCAGCCAACGACGGUCUUUCCUCUUCCUUGCUGAUCUUGUACUUGGAUUCGGCGAGGAACCUUCCGUCAGGGAAGAAAAUAAACAGCAACCCAAACCCUCUUGUGCAGAUGUCAGUUGGUCACAAGGCACAGGAGAGCAAGAUUCGGUACAAAACCAACGAACCUGUGUGGGAGGAACACUUCACUUUCUUCAUUCACAACCCCAAGCGCCAGGACCUUGAAGUUGAGGUCAAAGACGAACAGCAUCAGUGUUCCCUAGGGAGCCUGAAGCUCCCUCUCAGUCAGCUGCUCACCAGCGAUGAUAUGACCAUGAACCAGCGAUUCCAGCUCAGUAAUUCAGGCCCCAACAGCACUCUGAAGAUGAAGAUUGCCCUCAGGAUACUCCACCUGGAAAAGCAAGAACGGUCUCCAGACCACCAACACUCUGCUCAAGUAAAGCGACCCUCUGUUUCCAAACAAGGGAGAAAAAUAUCUGUCAGAUCGCAGACGACUGCAUCGCCAGUUGCUGGUGACAGCAACACAGCCCCAUCCAUACCAGUCGCUGGGGGCAGUGAUAAGCCUGGCAUGGAGGAGAGAGCUCAGCCUGCGGAGGCCAGCUCUCCAGGGCCGCGAGACCUGGGCAGAAGCGCCUCCAGCCUCCAGGUGGGCGCCGCCUGCUCCCCCAGCCACAUGUUCGUCAAGGAGCCCACCCCCAGCAUUGCCUCGGACAUAUCGCUGCCCAUUGCCACUCAGGAGCUCCGGCAGAGGCUGCGGCAACUCGAGAAUGGGACGACGCUGGGACAGUCCCCGCUGGGGCAGAUCCAGCUGACAGUCCGGCACAGCUCGCAGAGAAACAAGCUGGUGGUCGUCGUGCACGCCUGCAGAAAUCUCAUUGCCUUCUCUGAGGACGGCUCUGAUCCCUAUGUCCGCAUGUAUUUGUUACCAGACAAGAGGAGGUCAGGAAGGAGAAAAACCCACGUGUCCAAGAAAACACUGAACCCUGUGUUUGAUCAGAGCUUUGAUUUUAGCGUUUCGUUACCAGACGUGCAGAGGAGGACGCUGGACGUCGCCGUGAAGAACAGUGGCGGCUUCCUGUCCAAAGACAAAGGGCUUCUUGGCAAAGUGCUGGUUGGUCUGGCCUCUGAAGAACUCGCCAAAGGCUGGACACAGUGGUAUGACCUCACGGAAGACGGGACGAGACCACACAUGGUGACGUAGGCGUGGGUGCGCGAGGAGCCCUCCUUGGCAUCUGCCCAGCCUGUGUGCUGGGAUGCACCCUCCCACGGACACAGCGAUGCUAUUUUUCUACUUUUCAUGUAUUGGUUAUACAUACCUUCCUAGUUUUAUAAAACUGGUUGAUGUUUUAGGCAUAUUUGGCCAAUAUUAUGGUUAAAUUUUGUAUGUUUGAUUUCCUCUAGUACUUUGCCAGUUACUAGAGUGUACAAUAGGACAGCGGUUAUUAUUGUGUUUUGUUAAUCUGUAUGUCAGUUGUAUCUACUAGAUGCAGAUUCCUGUAUAUGCUUUAUUAUUGCCUUGCUUUGUAUAGCACUGAGGCUCACUAUGCCAUGUAAAUAGACUCUAUUUUUUAUAAUCUCUACAUGCUGGUUUGAAUUCAAAAGAAAACUGAUUAAGGAAAAUGUAUAUUUUUUCUUUUAAAACUUAUUAAAUUCUUAUGAGAAAUAAUCUUUUUGUCUUUGCAGGAAAAAGUUCUCAGUGGCUUAUUUUGUGCUCUUUCUUUUUAAAAAGAAAAGGUGAAAGAUUAUUAAAUAUUAGUAUAUUUCUGCCCAUUACCAAUGAAAGAAAAUAUUCAAGAUUUAACACUUUCAUGAAUAUAAAGAUGUGUUAUUGAGAAGUCGGUCGAAGUGCUUCUAAGGAAAAGUGUUACAUUGCUGAGUAGCGUAAAAUAUUAAAGGAAUGGUCAUGGUUCAUAAAUCAUAGUGUACUAAUCUGAAAUUUCUUACAUAAAAUGAAAUGUCUUAAGUUUAAUUGCUUGUUGUAACUUAUUCAUGAAAUAGUGCACAGAUACCCAGCUACACUUUUUCUAAAAUAUAGUGCAGACUGUUCAAUGUUAGCAGUUAGGCUGUUAUGAAAUAGCCCAUCAUGAGCUUGUUAACUUCCCAUGUUCUCCCGGCCUGUAAAGAAAGACAGGCUGACACUGUCACCAUCACUGACGGCGGUGAGGUAACUCGGGGUGAGUGUUAGGAAGCUGUGCUAAACACUGAAAGCUGACUCCUGCCUUCGUCCGUGUGGCAUCACGCGCAGGACAGGUUGCCAGAGCUCUUGGUGCACAGGCCUCCUCGGGGCCCGCGGUGGCGGCACAGUGGCUGUCGGUUGUAAACCACCAUUUCCUGGGUGUCCUUACUUCAUGCCAUGACUGACCUCACUGUUGGAAUAUUACACAGUUUGUAUUCUGGAAUAUAUUUUUCUUCUUAGAUUAUUAAAAGCAUGUUUUACACCUCAGAGUCUCGAAGGGCAGUGUGGUGAGCUGUGCGUGCCAUAAGUGAAGGGUGCGCACAUGCAGACAGCCUUAAGUGCUUUAAGCUGGACGAUGAGGGUGACUUCCUGAGCCAUAAGAACAUUCUCAAGUCAUUGGGGAAAUAGCGCUUACCGCCGGCAAUGGGAGCUCUUGUCAGAAAGCUUACAUGGGCUUUGACUGCUUACGUGAUGGACCACACGUGCCCAAGUGCCUGCAGGGACACCGACUUCCUUCUCUGCACUCCUGCUCCCAGCGGGUUGACAUUUUGUUUCAUUUACGCUUUGAACCCUGGGCAUGUUUACAAUGGAGCCUGCAGCCGCUGUUUCCUGCAUAACGUGCAGGAGGACUUUUACGGAGGUGUGUGUGUACAUGAAGCACUUGGCUGGGCCAUCUCAGUAGUGUGAGAAAGACAGGUAAUUACUCACUAAAUCUAGGUGCCUGCCGAUGGUGUCUGAUUGAAGAUGUUUCACAAAUUAGGCCUGUUGGAGGGCGUCUGAGAAGAAACACUCAUUGCAAUUUGGCAUGAAAUAAUCUAUACUAACAUCUUAAAUUGUUGACUUUUAUAACCAUGAGCUUCAUGUUUUCGAGUAUUUUAAUUGAUGGGAUGCUUUGUUUCAGAAUGUGGGCGAAGUGACUACCAUGAGAGGUACCAAGCCUAUGAGCUGCAGGUUCCCAGGCCCCUGGCAGAGGGAGGGAAAGGAAGCCAGGGCUCGGUUCCUUCCAGGCACCCUAGAACACCUCCUGGCGAGAUUCUGUCGCGGUGUCAGAAAGCCGUCAUUCUGAGGGAGAGGGCGAGAGUUCCCCUGCCCUGACGAUGGUGCCCUCUGAGUUCUCUGUGCUCAGCUCCAGUUCUUAAGAACCAAUUCAUCUGGAGAAAGGGAACUGGAGCUGUUCAGCGUCCAGCCAAACCAGUGCAGGGAAAUUCACUUGGAUGAAUUUGAAUUGUUAGUUUGUACAUGUGGGUUGCUUGUUCUGUGCCUUAAAAUACAAAGUAUAAAUAAAAGUCUCAGAUGAAAACAAGAAGCCUAGGAGUUGUAUUUACCGCAAAGAAUGUUCUAUACAGGAGAGUUCCUUUUACAGAUACUCUUCAUCAAGGGCUCAGCCCUUCUUUCUCAAGAACCUAAGCCAAAUGCAAAGCUGUGCGUUUAAACUGCUUGUUUGUUACUUUGACUCCAAUUCUAGCUGGAUCACCCACUGCAAGUAGAAAACCGCGGAGGGUUUUUAUUGUAGAAUGUCCUAAUUUUGUUCAGCUAAUUUUACAUGACAGUGCAUGUAUUUAUUCAAUAAACUUUUAUGUUAGCUCA